ACAAUUUUAACGGAGAGGGUUAUAUUUGAGCUCAAAGUAUAAUGAAGUGUAUAUUUGGCCCUUUUUCAAUAGUACAGGGGUAUAUUUGGCCCUUUUCUGUUUUUUUUUUUAAUCAAUUAGACAACUUCAUUUGGAAGUACAAUUAAAUGGUAGAAUCAAUUCCAUGGAAAGUAGAACACUAAUAUAAGGAUCCGAUAUUGCUUGCUAGAAUGGAGGCAAUCUUGGUUUUGUCCGAGUCAAUUGGGACUUAGUCUUUUUACCAACCAUCAUUUUUCAACUACCUUUUAAUCUAGUCUCCAAUUUCUCACCCUAUUCUCUUUGAACACUAAAAAGAACAAAAUGAUCUGUUUUAAAAAUUACUAGUAUAGUAAUUUACUUGUUCAAAUAAAACAAUUUGAUUUUCUUUCACGUUGUGUAUAGUUUUGUUUUUCUUGAAUGUAAAAACUCUAGAAAGAAAAUAACAAAAAAAGGAGAUAUGAAGGUAGAAACACUUACACUUGUGUUAGUAAAUUUAGCAGGAAUAAUGGAAAAAGCAGAUGAGUCAUUGUUACCAGGGGUCUAUAAAGAAGUUGGAGAUGCACUUCACACGGACCCAACUGGUUUAGGUUCACUCACACUUUUCCGGUCCAUGGUCCAGUCCGCGUGCUACCCUAUCGCGGCGUAUCUAGCAGCACGUCACAACCGGGCCCAUGUUAUUGCCUACGGGGCUUUUCUAUGGGCUGCAGCUACAUUUCUCGUCGCUUUCUCCACCACCUUCUUUCAAUUGGCAGUAUCAAGAGCUUUGAAUGGGAUUGGACUAGCCAUAGUCUCCCCUGCUAUUCAAUCACUAGUAGCUGACUCAAGCGACGAAAGCAACCGCGGAGUCGCAUUUGGAUGGCUGCAAUUCACUAGCAACAUUGGCUCACUUGUUGGUGGAUAUGUUUCCUUAUUAGUAGCUCCUAUUACAUUCAUGAGAAUCCCUGGCUGGAGACUUUCUUUUCAUCUUGUUGGUAUGAUCAGUGUCCUUGUUGGGGUUCUAGUUCGCUUAUUCGCGAACGAUCCUCAUUUCCCAGAUGGUAAUUUAAAAGCUAGUAGUAAAGUUCAUGGAAGUUCCUUUAUAUCAGAAAUUCAAGGUCUACUUCAAGAAGCAAAAUCAGUUGUAAAGAUACCGUCGUUUCAGAUUAUUGUAGCUCAAGGUGUUAUGGGAUCUUUUCCAUGGUCAGCUUUGUCAUUUGCACCAAUGUGGUUAGAACUAACUGGAUUUACUCAUGGGGAAACUGCUAUUCUUCUUAGCUUGUUUGUUGUUGGUGAUUCUAUCGGUGGAUUAUUUGGAGGCAGGAUGGGAGAUAUUUUAUCGCAGCAUUUACCGAAUAGUGGAAGGAUUAUUUUGGCACAAAUAAGCUCAGGAUCAGCUAUUCCACUAGCUGCAAUUCUUCUGCUUUCUUUGCCUGAUGAUCCCUCGUCAAUUUUCGCGCAUGGUUUGGUCUUAUUUGUUUCAGGAUUUUUCAUAUCUUGGACUGCACCAGCUACAAACAAUCCAAUUUUUGCAGAGAUAGUACCUGAGAAGGCAAGAACGAGUAUCUAUGCAUUGGACCGAUCUUUUGAAUCUGUAUUAUCGUCAUUUGCUCCUCCUGUUGUUGGGAUACUGGCUCAGAAUGUCUAUGGUUAUAGGCCAGUCGUUGCUCAAGGUGCUGAUAGUAUUGCUACAGACAGAGAAAAUGCUACAUCUUUGGCGAAGGCAUUGUUCACUGCAAUAGGCUCUCCAAUGGCAUUAUGUUGUGUUAUUUACUCUUUUCUUUAUUGCACCUAUCCAAGGGAUAAGGAGAAGGCUCAAAUGGAAGCUCUGAUCGAAUCCGAGAUGCAACUCUUAGCCUUGGAUCCUUCAGCUCUUAGUGGACAAUAUUCACUAGUCAAGUCAUCCGAAAACCAAGAGAGUUAUCUUGAUGAGAAAACAAUUGAUGAAAUGGAUUUCAGUGAGGAUGGACUUGAUUUUGAGGAUGGUGAAGACAGGACAUUGAUCUACCGUCGUUCAACAAUUUCCAAAUUUGCUGAAUAGGAUUUCGUCAACCGAGUAAUAGACCAGAUGCAACUGACAGAUAAGAUGACGUUAAUAGCAGGUCUAAUUCUUCGAUAAAAGAGCUCAGUUUCCGCAUAAAUAGCAUAGACGACUAGAAUGACAAUUCAGUUAUCAUGGACAACCAGAAUGCAAUGGAGAGCUUAGCCUGUAAUAGAGAAUUAUGACAUUGUAACAAAUAUAAUAGAGCAACUUAGCUUUCUCAAGGUCCAAGAAUGUAUCAAUGCUCAGCAGAAAAUCUCACACAUCAAGAAGCAUAUCAACAUAAACAGGAUAGGACAUUGAAAUAUUAAGAUAUAUUAUUGCUCAUUCAUUCUUUCUAGUUUUAUAGUCCUUCCCCUUUGACAUGUACUUGUAUAUCGGUAUAGGUUCCUGAAAUGCUGGAAGUUUCCUAGCUAGUUUGAUAUGAAUAUUAGCAUUGUCACAAACAAAGAUUGUACAUCAAUAUUUUAACACCCUAUUGCCUCUCAAUUUAAGAGAGUGGUAUUGAAUUUUAUCAUCCCUUCGUAAAUUCCCUAAAAG